GAUGUGUGUAUAGUUGUGCCGGUCUUUCACUGGUGGUAGUAAAACUAAUAGUAGUAGUAGUUGCAUGCUGCGAGAGAAGGCAGAAGGGUAAAACUGGCAGUCAGUUCGCGCGGGUCUGUCGUGCCGUGAAUUUCCUUUCCUUCGUUUAGAGGGGGAACCUCGUUCCUCGCGCCACCCUUGUGGUUGCCGGUAGUAGUGGUGGUGAUGGUAGUUCGGAAAGUGAUUUGCUAGCCGCGUGUGAAUCGACAGAAGGAAAAUCAAGAGAAAAGCACCGAUAGAAAAGGGGAUGAAACUCUGAGUAAAAAUUUAGCGUUUUUCAGUUUAAUUUUCAACCCCUGCGGCUUCGAAUGGAAGGAAGGAAGAGUCGCGCGCAUGUCAAAGCCGGAAAACUGAGAGCAAGGAGUUGAACGAGAAAGUAUGUAUGGGAAAAAGAUAACGAUAUACGAAAAGCGAGGGGUUCGCGAGUGAUUCAAGUUUCUCUCAUGGGUUUUCUCUGGAAAGAAGGUCAACGAUCGAUCGUCCUGUGUAAAAAAAGUCGGGACGACUUGACGGGACACCAGUGACACAUUCACCGGUCUCGUCGUCAACGACAUCACCGCCACCUUUCGUUAGAGGCUUCGAUUCAAUGUGAACUUCAGAAUAAAGGGCCAAAAAAAAUUAUGAACGAGAUGAGCCGUUCGUAUCGUGAGGUGAGGCGACAUCGCGCCCGACGUCGCCGAUGACCGGUCUACGCUUUAUUCCCUUUUUUGCGGUGAAUAAUUCUAGAAUAGGACUGGAAGAAUUUUGUUGGGGGUGAAAAAGAUUUGCGUAGCCAGGCAACGCAUUUCGAAAAAGAAAACGAGGAAGGUGCAGGAAGACCGAACGAGAGGAGAGUUGGAGAAAGAGGCGGAGGAGGAAGAAGAGACGGAAGGAAAAGAGAAGAAAAUCGAGGGGGUGGGGGGAAUAACAGGGAGAUUGCGCUCAAGAGAGAAUGUCCAGAGACCCCUACUCGAGCGGAAGCGGCGUGGCCGUUCCAGGCGGAACACGUUCUCCUAGAAGUGGUCGUCGAGUCGGGGAAUUGCCGACGGUCGACCGUAGUCCCUCGAGAAGUUAUGCGAGCGGUCGCGGCAGUCCAUUGGGCCGAAAACGCGGAACCCGAAGUGGAAAUAAUUCGCCCGAACAUCUCGGUUACGGAAGUUACCACCAUCAUGCGCUUGGAAGUCCCUAUUAUUCGCGCGACGAGGACCUAGGCAGUCCUGUGAUGAUAGACGAGAGGGGCAGGAGUAUGUCAAGUGGAGCUGGUGUUCAUCAUCGUUCAAGAAGUGCGUCAAGGCCAGCCAUGUCGAACUCAAUCGGUCUCUCGGCCAGGUACACGAGUCUCGAUCGUGCAUCGGCGGGAAUCCUUGAUCACGAUCGGGAAUUCGUGCCAAUCAGGGAUCCGAGGGAGCGUAGUCGAGACCGAGGCCUCUACCUUGACGAUGACCUCUACAGCUCGAGGUCGGCCCGUCAGAGUCCGAAUACUCACAUGCUUCGCGAUGGUGGCAAUUAUAUUGGCGAACUUCAACAUCAGAACAACGAUCUUCAACGUGAAUUGGGCAAUCUCAAGAAGGAACUCGAGUUGACGAAUCAGAAACUUGGGAGCUCGAUGCACAGCAUCAAGACCUUUUGGAGUCCCGAAUUGAAGAAGGAGCGCCAGCUGAGGAAGGAGGAGAGCACCAAGUACAGCCUCAUUAACGAGCAGCUCAAACUUCUCAACUCGGAAAACCAGAAACAAAGCAUGAUGGUUCGGCAACUGGAGGAGGAGCUGAGGCUGCGGAUGCGAGGCCCGAGCAUUGAAUUGCAGCAGCAGAUGGAAGUUUUAUACAACGAAAACGAGCAUCUGACUCGCGAAAUAGCCAUACUUCGCGACACGAUAAAGGAGCUUGAGCUAAGGAUAGAGACGCAAAAGCAAACGCUGCAAGCUCGGGACGAAAGCAUCAAGAAGCUCCUCGAAAUGCUGCAAAACAAGGGAAUGGGAAAAGAGGAAGAGAGGAUCAUGUUCCAGCAGAUGCAGUCCAUGGCCCAGAAGCAGAUGAAGAAAUCUAAAUCAGCUCCUAAUAUCCCGUUACUCCAGCCGCGAGUAACUCUACUAUUGCUUGUUAUAAAGGAGCUCAAAGCGACGAACGAGACGCUCAAGAGCCUCCAGACGCAGUUGGAACUAGCGUACGCGACAACAGCUUCGUCCGGUACGGCAGUAACCGGAAGUGGUGGCUCAAUUGGCAGUAUGGGCAGUGGAACAAUCCUCCUCGGCGGAAGUGUCGCGGUGCCCGGAGGUGUUCCUGGCAGUACAACACUGACGGCAAUUCUCGAGACGAAAGACGCGCGAAUUCAAACGCUCGAGAAAGAAGUCCUCCUCCUCGAAUGCGAACUCCAACGGAUAAAGGAAUGCGGCGGAAGACUGAGGGAGCAGUUAUUGCGAGCAACUGCUGUUCCGAGCGGUACCACUGGCCCAACAACGUCAUCGGCAGGUAUUCUCUUCGGCGGUCCGUCGACCGCAUUCACAAGAGGACCCUCAGUUGUCACGUCACUGGUACCCUACGGACACUCCACUUCCCUCAUCAAUACGGCAGGUCUCCAAAGCUCAUACCUCAGUGGCACAACCACUGGAGUCGCCAAUCCCUACCACGAUCGGUACAACGAUCCCCAGCAUCAGCAAGCCGUUCAGCAACUCCAUCACCUUCAUCACUAUCAUCAACAACAACAACAGCAACAAGCUCAUCUUCGUCACUUGAAACAAAUGGAACCCGCCGCUGCCGGAGCACUCGCCCUUCAUGCGCACACCUUCAACAAGCACGACAUGAACUUCAAACGUCAAGUAAGUUUCUUCAUCAACAACGUGCGCAUCGAAAAGAACGACACACUCUAGGAGAAAGCCAUGCCCGGAUCAAGAUGCUCUCACAAUUAUAGUCUUAGUUCAAAAACAAGUUUACCAAAAAGUUAAGCUUUUGCUUAGAGAGAAGUUUAAAUCUCAAACAAUAAACGGAACCAGUAUGAAGACAUCAACGGCGAGCGGAUUUGCUCUUAAUAUUAUAUACACAAUUUCCAGGGCUGAAAAAAUUAUUUCGCGAGUCUGCCGUCGCUGAUUCCUCG